AUGGGCGAAUUGGCAGUCACUGACUUGGGCGCUGGUCCCUCUAGCACCGAUUCACCACACAGUAGUCCGAGUUCUUCCAUCAUUCCUCCGGUCUCCUCCACUUUCCUCUACAACUCUAUGAUUUCGGUAAAACAUGGCACCUCACCUCCACCUCCCAAUUUAGAAGAGGAGGAGGAUGAGGACGAGGGGGAGGGGACGAUGGAAGGGGAUGUAUGCGCCUCCUUCUAUCGACCCGGGGAAACCCGGAAAGCCCGAGAAUUUAUCCCUGAGUGUAAGAAGGAUGAAAAGUACUGGGAGCGGAGAAGGAAGAACAACGAGGCGGCAAAACGAUCGCGCGAAAAGAGACGACAAAACGAUGCUUUGAUGGAACAGGAGAUAGCAGAGUUGAAACAACAGAAUGAGGUGCUGAUACGAGAAAACGCGGCAUUAGUGAGAGAGCUCACGGCGUUGAAAGCGAAGAAGGGGGGAGGGGUUCUGGGGACACCGCCCCCACAACCACCACCACAACUGCAGACGUUGGCAACACAAUCGUCUACAAUGCCACCGGCUGUGAAUGCGCUGGAUCUUCUCGCUUUGCAGCGUCUGCUCUCGGCAUUCGCCAACAAUUCCAAUGGAGUGGCAGCACGACCUGCUCCGACUGCGAAUACUGCUGGAAGCGUGGAAGAUAGUCCCUUGGAUCUUUCCGGUAGGAAAAUCGCAAUGCUUCAACAGAACUGUAUUUCGCAUCCAUCUCCAAUCCCACAAUCAACUUUACCUCCUGUCAGUGAUGUGGAUCAGUGUAAGUUCUGUUUAAGUUUAAUUUGA